AUGAUUAUCUUGUCGAUUGGAUAUAUUUUAAUUCCUUUUGACAUUAAAAGCUCAGUCAAGACUUUAACAAACAAUGACUAUGUUCUUAAUGAACCAAACAUAACCUUGUGUAUUCAAGGCUUCCUUCAAUCAUUACCGACAACUUAUCCAACAAUUGAAAAACAUGUCAUUCAGCUUGCCAAUAGUGCAACCUCUGUCGAACGAGAACAGUGCACAACAUUGUCAUUAGCUCUGGGUCAACUCGGUCAACCAGUCUAUGGAGUGAUGCAAUUAGAGAAUAACAGACAAUGUAUUCUAUCACGGACAAGUCAGAAUGACAUUUUCACACUGCACAUAAUUAAGGUUGACCAAAAAUCUGAAAAUAACAGCAUUCAAGAGGAUAAAAUGCCUGACCUCGAGGGGUCUGUUCGGCCAGCAGAGAUACUUCGGACAUGUCAGCUUUGGCCCAACUCACAACCUCAACUCGCCGCACUCGCUAAUCAGAUAUACAAGACAGCAUUGCUCUAUGGCUAUUGGGACAAUUGGCGUGUGUUUGAGAACAUUUGUCAACGUUAUCAGAUUGAUGUUCAACAGUUUAUUUAG